AUGGCUGUUGACAAAAAUUCUGAAAUCACAAAUGAGGAAACUACUGAUGUAGGCAACAUUGUCGCUGAUAUGGGUGUGGUGACAGAGAUGUCAUGGCAGGAGCGCAUUAUUGAGGAGAUAAAAGCAAAUGAAUAUGACACUAUGUCUAGUGGCAGUUCGGAAAGUAGUGAAGAUGUGUCUGUUGAUAUGGAUGUUAAUAUGGUGUUUGCAUUGCCCGCUGAAUUUCGUGCACCCGAGGCUGAGGUCGCAGAACUUAUUCUCGGUCCUAAGAAUGCUACAUUUAAGAAGCCCGAGAGACCCGAGCAGCAUCUAAAUCCAUUAUUCAUCAGGGGUCAUAUUGAUGCCAACACAGACACGGACAAGGGUUUCAGAAAAAAUUCAGAAACAAGGGAGAACCAUCGCCACAAGGUCCGCCUCGCGCUGCCGUUCCUCAGCACCCGCCGCCAAGCUGCUGCAACCCGGCGGUCCGCGUCAUCGUCCUCUCCAUCUCUGCGCGAGGAAUUGAUCCGAGAGCACACGUAUGCGACGAACUCGUCCUCGACAUCCCCUCCUACUGGCGGCGUACUUCAUCGACUCCGGCGGUUCCGCGACUCCUUCGACGCUUCUGAGCACGGCUCCAUGAUCCUGGUCCUCGUCGCCGGCCCGCUCCGUCUGCCAUCCGGCCAAACCUCCGCCCGUUUCUGGCUCCCCAUGGACUUCCACAUCGAGCGCUUCUCGUCCCCAAGCCGCUCGAGCUCUCCUUCAUCGUCCCUGUCCCCGACCACCGCAUCCGCCACAGGACUUGCGGUCAAGUUCGUCGUCCUCUCCACGCGUCGUUGAGCGCCCCCGAGCCGUUCGCUUCACCGUCGAACUUCCAGGCAUUUGCUUCUUCCUGGAUAGGAUCGCGAAGUGGUGUGGUG